UAGAAGUUGGAGACAAGCCAAAGCCUCCCAUUUCUCUGCUGCUUCAAAAACAAAAAGGAAACUGAGGCAUAGGCGAUCUCUCUGUUAAAUGGCUGGUAAUGAAGACGGAGAGGUUGGGUUCGAAGAAGGAAUGCCAUGGCUACCUUCUCAUGUUCUACAUGAAGCAAUAUGGGAAACCAAGGAAUACCAACACCACCAAUAUCAUCAUCAAUAUCGCAAUCUUCCUAAAUUGCCUCUGCAACCGCAACAACUGCGCUCAAAAUCUAGCCCCAGGCCUCAAGGUAGAAGAAAAUACCCUAUUAACUGGGCAUCAGGUGGAUACGGAAUGCAAGCAAUUUUUCUAGAUUCGGGUCAAAAUUCAUGUGGGACUGGAGUUUUUCUUCCAAGAAGGGCAGGCACAAACUUGCAAUCAAGCAAGAAGCCAGCUUGCUCUCCUGUUCUUCUACCUGCACGAGUGAUCCAAGCUCUCAAUCUCAAUACCCAUGAAAUAGGCCUGCAGAUAUCCCGCCGGCAAGAUGCAAAAAAUAUGUCAAAAGGUGGAGACUGCAUUUCAAUUAAAAAUAAAAAUGGCAAGGAUGCAUCAACACAAUGUUGUGUGGUAUCACCGAAUGAAAAUUCUUCACCAGAGACAUUUCUUCCCAAAGAAUGGACUUACUAGCACCCAAAUGGCCUGCUACACGAUAUAUCCACAAAAGUAAAAGCUCAUUUCAAGUUGUGCUUAUUAUACACCAAUUAGUUGUGCAGUGUAAUUUAAAUAAUGACAGCACAAUUAUUUCUUCAUCGUUGAAUUUGUUCGUGUGGUCCACAUGUUCAAUUACAUAAUAAUACUAUUAUCUUCUGCAAAA